CUUCCACCAUCAACAAAGCUUAUGCUUUAUUCCAAUCAUUGAAAUGAUUGGUAAUGCUGAGGGCCAGCUUGAGAUUUUAUCAAGCGUCGCUGCAGAUCAGCAAAGCUGAAUUUCUAGAUGCUUUCACCCGCGUAUACCCUCAAGCGUUGCAGGAUGGGCCAAAGAAACUUGGCCUCGCCGUUAGCGGUGGCGUGGAUUCAAUGGCGUUAGCGUUCAUGUGUUGCGAAUAUCUCCCACGUGACCGCUUAGAGCUUCAUGCUUUGAUCGUAGAUCAUGGGCUGCGUCCUACGAGUAGUCAAGAGGCUAGCCAGACAAGUAAAGUUUUAACGUCACGACUAGGUUUGUUCUCACAUUUAGUCCUAGAUCGUGGUAAAUUGACCCAUGUAAGGUAUCAGGUCGCAUGUUCUUACACUUGAAAAACAAGGACGAGAUUUGAAAGCGCUUGAGACGAAAGCAAGGCUAUGGCGAUACAACGCUUUGGUGGAAUGCUGUAGAUCGGAGGAUAUCAGAGAUAUUAUGACUGCCCAUCACCUUGGUGAUCAGUACGAAACCAUUUUAAUGAGGUUGGCCAUGGCUGGCUCUUCAUUUCAUGUCCGCGAAAUUUCUCAAGCACCACGGAGCUUGAAUCACUUCGCGAAAGAGAGUCUACGCUGUGGUUGGAGCGUGCCCAGUCCCAAAAGCGUUGAGUGCUUUGGCGUUCUAGGGAUUCCCAAUCUUCGCAUAUCUUUGAGGCGGCCACUGUUAAAUUUCUCAAAGGAGCGACUGAUUGCUACCUGUCAUGCUGCUAACAUACCAUGGGUCGAGGAUGAAAGCAACGCAGAUCGAAAGUUGACACCCAGAAACGCUGUCCGCCACAUUGUUCGAAAACACGCACUUCCCGGCGCUCUUUCACAAAGCUCUCUCCUAGAAAUGGCCAGGCAUGUGGGAAGGAGGACUGCAGCUGUGCAUUCCAUCUCCAAGAAGAUCCUUCAAGGGACGGAUCUUAAGCUGGAUGUUCGGACAGGGUCGGUAGUAGCGACGCUGCCUACGCUUGAGACGGUAGAAACAAUGCUUCAUGUGUCCGGGUUCCCAUCCUUGCAACCCUCCACAGCGACUUUGUCGUGGGUGAUCGGGACAUACUUGCGAAGUAUAGCGUCACUCGUUAGUCAUAAGGACGAAGCCCAUCAAGCCGUCUACUCAGGAAAAUUGAGCCAUCUUUUUGGCUCUCCAAAAGAACUCAAGUCCUUUACGUUCAGUCAUGCGCUCUUCGAACCGCUUUCAAAUAAUCGCUGGAUUGCGUCGAGUCAACCGAUGAGGGCAAAUGGCUUGCAUAAAACUCGACUCGAGCACGCAUGUAUUCGUUAUCCAUAUGUUCUGUCACCGGACCAAAGCCGCUACAAAGACUUCGAUGGACGUUGGUGGGUUCGUGUAGAGAACCCUUCAGACGACACGACACUGGCCUUACGCUACAUGUAUCUUGAGGACCUAAGGAGUCUUUUGCAGCGAUUAAAAUCAGGAGAGAUCCAUAUCAGAGAUGUCAAUGACCCGCUUGGAUCUCCAAGAAAUUUGAACACUAUCUUAGACUCACUAGGGCCAUAUCGUCUCCGUUGGUGGCUUCCCAUAAUCGUACAGCGAUCAAGCGACUUCGAUACCUAUCUACAACGCCUCUCCCCGCUAGAGCAACUUCUUGAGGCUUCCAACCCAAGAACCCCGGGAGCUGAAAGUAUUGUCGCGUUUCCAACUUUGAAUCUUCGAAUUGGUGGGAAUGAGAAUGCUGUACCCAGAUGGGUUAAGGAUCUGAAGUGGGAAAUGUAUUACAAAUCAUUGGACGAUUUUGAGGACCGACUAGAAAAUAUGAUAGUUUUGCCCACAACAAAGGAAAGUAAAGGGCUCGUAGGAUAGCAUCCACAUGUACGCCCUCUCGUGGAUAUCAUUGUCAAAGGGAUUGUAACGCUAGACAGUGGAUGGCAUAUUGCAAGAUCUUCAGAUUCA